AUGCAGCAGUAUCAAAUGGACAUUCCUGUGGAAAGAACAUCUGACUUUAUUCUUGAUGGAGAAUUUUGUCCAGCCUUUUAUCCCGAAUAUGAUGGUUAUCUCCUCCUGCAGCAAAAGGAGCGUAAACUGAUUACAAUCGCGGACCCUAACGACCCAAAUCGGGAUGUCAUGGCCGAGCUCUUUGGAGAAAGGCUGUCGUCUGCACUGACAGCAACUCCUGUCCCUGAAUGCAGCGACAUUGUGGAGACUCCAGUGACCUCAACCCCAAAGGAGGCGGAGUCUAACACUGCCCCUGCUUCGGAGACUCAUCAGUCAAGGAAAAAGCUCUGCAAGAGACCAGGCCUGCUCCUUUUCUCCAUCCCACCAGAGCAGGAAGAGAAAGCCAACACACGGAGGAGAAUAAUCCCUAACCAGACUGAGGUGCACAAGGUGCCCAGAGAGCCAGUCACUUUCUGCAUCCCUCGAUCUGAGGAAGAGGAAGAGGAAGAGGAGGCAAACAAAGCCAAAAUGGUUUUUGGUGAAUUGGCUGAACACCUGACAGCUACACCCCCUGCAGGAGGAGACAUUGUGGAUGUGCCUGCCCCUCUAAAUACCACACCACCAAAGGACACAGAGCCUGGUGAACUCUUGGAUGAUCACCUGACAGCUACUCCCCCUGCAGGAGGAGACAUUGUGGAUGUCCCUGCCCCUCUAAACACCACACCAACAAAGUAGGCGGAGCCAAACACAGCCCCUGCUUCAGAGACUAGUCAGUCAGGGCAAAAUCUAUGCAAGAGACCAGGCCUGGAAAGGAAACAGAAAAAGGCAGAGAAAGCCAACUUGCGGAAGAAAAAAGAACAAAAGCAGACUGAGGUGCACAAGACUCUGUCCCAGAAAAAAACCCUCAAACCCUGCAUCCGCUUACCGGGAGAAAAGGACAAGUUGGACACUGUUGGUGAUCCCUUUUCUAAAAAGAAAAAGAAACGAGUCCGCUUCUGCCUCCCUCCAACCACAGAAGUAGAGCAGAAGGAUGAAAAGAAGAAACAUGGCCGA